AUGGAUAUAAAGACCUUGCUCGACAAUCUUCAUGAUGAAGUAUCCUGUUCCGUGUGUAUGUGUACAUUCACUGAUCCAAAGCAGUUGCCUUGUUUGCACAGUUUCUGUCUUCACUGCUUGAACGAAAUUCAACGAACAAGCGGCGUCCAUGGCAAAAUUACAUGCCCCGAGUGCAGAAGACAGUUUCAGAUUUCUGGAAGUGGAACUCCCAGCGAACUUCCCACCAAUUUUCGAAUAAACAGCCUGCUAGAUGUCUUAGCAAUAAAAGAGUGUAGUACAGCUAACGUGAAGUGUGGAAACUGCGAUAAAAGGAGUUCUCAGACCUCGUAUUGUUUCCAGUGUUGUUCCUUUUGGUGCGAGAAAUGCAUUUUAGGACAUGACAUAAUGCGUGCUAACAACAAACACAGAACGCUAGCACUAAAAGAUUUUCAAGAUCAAGACAUCAAGGCUGUAUUAGAGCGACCAGCAUUUUGUCAGAAGAAACACCAUGAAAAAGAAGAGCUGAAAUUCUUUUGCAAGGGCUGUAAAGUCGCCAUUUGUAGCACUUGUGCUGUAACACUUCAUGAAGGUCAUGGUAAGAUGCCUUUGCAAGAAGCUACUGAUGAGCGCAAAACACAGAUUAGCUCCAUGAUAAAAUCUUUAAAAGACAAAGUACUGGAAAAACAAAAGGAAGUGGAACAAUUCAACCAAAAAAGCAUCGCAUUUCAAUCGAAGGUAGCCGAGGUAAAAAGCCAAGUGCAGUCUUUUGUAGACCAAACUAUUGCAAUCAUCGAAGCGAAAAAACAAGAUGUUUUUGAUGUGAUUGAUAAUCAAGCGACAAAAUCACUAGAAUCUCUCUUACAGAAAAAAGGCGAAGUGGAAAAACAAGUGAAAUUAAUUGAAUCAGCAAUUGGAGAAACUGAAACUCUGUUAAAACGAGGUUUUAGUUCUGAAAUCAAGGGAUCCAGUGAAACAUUUGAUUCAAUCCUGCAGGAACAGAGCACCAAAGAAAACCGUGACACUGAAUGUAUUCCUCGGUUUAGUUUCACUAAAAGUGAAAAACUGAUUAACCUGUUGAGCAUGAACGAGGGGAUAGGUAAAGUAGAAUUUGUUUUUAGCGAAACUAAAGCGCAACAAUCAGGAGCUAAAGGUAAAGAAAGUAGUAAAGUAGUUGCUGGGGAUAAAGGGGCAAAUUUUUGUGAAAGUCCUUUUAAGGCUCAGGUAAAAACGAGGCACUUCAGAUCUGUGCUGUCAUUUGGACAAAAAGGUGAGUCUGUUGGAAUGCUUAACAUGCCCUAUGGGGUGGCAGUGAAUGAUCAGGAUGAAAUUGCUGUGACUGAGCUCGGUAACAACAGGGUUUCAGUGUUUAGUAGUGACGGUACCCACUUAAGAUCCUUUGGUAGGAAGGGUAAGAAUAAUGGUGAGUUCUAUUGCCCUACAGGGAUCGCUUUUGAUAGUCAUGGCAAUAUUGUAGUGGCAGACUGUUAUAAUCACAGGGUGCAAGUCUUUAAUCGGAAUGGCAACUUUCUUAGUAUGUUUGGUCAACAAGGAAGUCGUGAUAAUCAGCUUGAGUUCCCUCGAGGUUUAUCAAUAAACGGCAACGGUGAUAUUAUUGUUGCUGAUAAGGGUAACAAAUUAAUCAAGAUAUUCUCUUCUAGUGGGGAGUAUUUACGUAAAUUUGGUGGAGCAGGUUCUUUGGUCACUCCCUAUCACUGUAUUCAGCACGGUCAAUAUUUUAUAGUCUCAGAUCGUGGUGAUCAUUCCAUAAAAAUGUUUAAUCUGGAGGGAAAGUUUAUUACUAAAUUUGGAAAACAGGGAAUCAAAGAUGGAGAAUUCAAUGAGCCCCGUUACUUGUCAGUAAACAAAAAAGGAUUGCUUAUGGUCUGUGAUGAAGAGAAUCACAGAGUUCAGGUAGUUGAUCUGAGUGGAAGGUUUGUUACAAAGUUUGGACGUGAAGGUAGCGGGAGAGGAGAGUUUAAGUGUCCAGUGUCUACAGCAACUCUUAGUGAUGGAAGGAUAGUUGUGUGUGAUAAGGAGAACAACCGAAUCCAGGUGUUUGACCAGUUAUAAUAUGAUCUUUCCAGUGGUAUUAUUGUUGAAACGUUCAAAUUGGCUUCUUUAUCUAGAAAAAGAAACCGUAACUUUUCGAACAACAUCCUGAAUUCGUGAGGUAUUUGUCACUGUUGCCGGGUGGGGGCAUUAGGUUGUCCUCACGCGUAGUUUGUCUUUUCUGUGAAUGUAACAAUAAAUUAUAAAAUCAUGGCUGUAACAAUAACUGUAAUAAUAGCUGAGGUGACAUUCAAAUUGUAAAUAUAUUUUGUAAUCCUUUUUCAAAUAUAUCGUAUAGUCUCAUUUAAUUGCCGAUCAGGGGUAGUUUAAUAAGGUUGUUCAAUUUUUUGGUAUCCAAAUUGUUUUGUAUGUUGUACACCUUUUCAUUUUCUUUCCAGCAGUUGCUAGUUGUUAGCUAGUGUAUUUUUGGAAGUAUUUUUCCCGCGCCCUCAGCUCAAAUACCAUGGUUUUUUUUUCGCAUCAGGAUCUUCAGGUUCGUUAAAUUAUCACAUAUAUAUUUACUGAAUUGUAUAACGGUUUGUUGAAAAUGCAUUAAAGGAUAAUCAAAUAUGAAGAAUGUUUUCUUACUUCAAAUUUAUCGUUGUUAAUGAGACCGUCAUGUGUUGACGUUAAACGUACCAGUACCUCAUUCAAGUGUAAAAUAAUGUAUUUAGCACGCUUGUCUCGGAGAAUGGACCAUCAUUAUAUGUCCAGUAAUCAUCCGAGCCGCGUAUAGAUAUACCAAGCAGUUUGUAGGACAAGGCAGCACAGCGAACCCUCUUUAAUCAAAAAACCGGAAAAUCAUCUUUUUUCCGAUUUUUUCACCUGAUUUUACAUUAAAUGCCCAGAUUUGGUUCUUUUAUGACGAAAAGCAGAUUUUUGUCAAAUUGCUUGGUACUUUUUGCUCGAGGACAACCGCUUAAUUAAUAUAGACACCUCAUUUUUUGUCCCUGGGGAAAAAAAGCCCUUACACAGUUUUCUCUUAAUUCAACCCCCUUUAUACGGACAUUUUCGUCUCAUUCCAAUCUUUUUUCAAGAAGACUAUCGGUAGCCACUGUUUGGACCUACAUUUACAAAAGCAAAACCGUUUGCUUUGUAGAUAAAACAGGGCGUGGCUGGUCACGUGAUGCAGUUAUAAACAAUUUUUUCAAAUAAACUUUAAAGAUUUCUUAGUUAUGAUUAGCCUUAAUUUAUCAGACCUGGCAUACGGUAAAAUUCCGAAAAUAAGCCCCGGGGCUUAUAUUUUUCAAAGGCCCUUUUUGAGGAGCUUAUUUUUUGAGGGGCUCGUCUACGGAGGGAAAUAUGCGUUUCAAAAUCGAUUGGGCUAGCCUUAUAGUUGGAAGUAAAUUUACGAUUUUUGCUUUGUUUUACUUUGUAUUUGAGGGCAAUUUUCCUCUGAGUACAAACCCCGGGGGAGCUUAUAUUUGGAGGGGUGAUUUAACGGAGGGUUUUUUUGCGUCACAGGAAUGGGGGGCUUAUAUUUGGAGGGGCUUAUACAUGGAGGGGCUUAUUUUCGGAAUUUUACGGUAUCUUAAAGCAAAGUUACAUUUGACCACCCCCCUUCAAAAUUCUGAGGAAUUUGUAAAGAACCAAGCCUUAAUCAAUUUGAGCCGUCAGGUGCUUUGAGAUUGGUCAAAAUUUGCUAAAUGAUGUGCUCGUGGACAUGUGCUCUAUCCUCGCCGAUAUUGCUUAUUACCAUCUUAAUAGCUAGAAUUGAAAGCCUAAGGGGUCCAGGGAGAAUAAUAUGCAUGGGUCCAUAUGGACCCAAAACGACCAAAGCGGACGACAAAGAGUUUUAUUAAGCAAUAGACCACACUUUCUAUGGGCUUACCGGCGUAAUAAUCCCCUCAGCACGUGAUUUACAAGCUUUUCGAGUGUUCUCCCAACAUCCCGCGUGGGUUAUCACACCGGUAAACCCAUAGAAAGUGUGGUCUGUUGCUUUUAUAAAAUAACUUUAAGUUUUCUAUGAGUUUACCGGCACAAUAAACCAUAGGUUUUUAACCAAUCGGAACGCGCUUACUAUCUUAGUUAUUUUAUAAAGGUAGAUAUCUGUUAAAUCUACUACAAACACUUCAGUUCAGUGCAUGGACUACAAGAUGUACGCAAGUGUAACCUGCGUAGCAAGCGCAUGAAGGGGAAGGGAGAGAAAGGACAUGGAAGCAGAUAAGGUUAUCUCCCCUACCCUACCCUCUCCUCUUUUCCUUAUCUUAUCUGUUUAGCAAUACACAGGGUUCCUUAUAGCAGGAGUCUUUUUAAUCCCCUCCCCUUCUUCCUACUCGUCCCCUUUUUAUGUUCUCCACAUAGGUUAACCCUAUGGUAUCCUUGAGCAAUAGUUACUUGUCAGGUUAUCCUUUCACCUUAACUCAUCCACGUCUGCUCCUCUAUCUCUUUUGAAGGUAUCCAUAUAGGUCGUAUAGAUCGAGGGUCUAAUCGGUCGUCGCUUACAAUACCUUGGGCUUUUGUCGUCCAAUAGUUAGAGACGAGCUGUAAUGAAUUUUUAAAAUUAUUAUUUAUAAAUGACGAGCGAUUUUGUGUAGGACUCCUCUAAAGUUCCAUCAUGGCUAAGUGUUCAUCGCAGUUUAGUUCCUGACUUCCUUGUUACAGAUCCAAAGGUACAAGCUUAAUUACUGGAUAAUUAUCAACUACUAUGAGUUUUAUAAAGAACGUUUCUUCACUCUAAAAUGAGGAAUAACACUUCCGAUGGAAUAGGUUGUCGUAGUGGAAUAAGAGGUAGCAAAUUGAAUUUGAAAUGCACAUAACUACUCGAAGCCUGGAAACACGUACUUCCAUCAGAAGAAAAGCUUAAAUAGGAACAUCAGUUCCUUAACAAAGAAACGCCACUAGCCACAACUAGUCCUAAAUAAGAAAUUUGCGACUCUGUGAUAGAGAAAAUUGCCGUAAGUUCGCGCGAGUUCCAUUGUCUCUACCGCGAGUAGCGAGGUCGCUGGCCGCAAAAAUUCCCUUGCAAGACGGCUUAGACAUUGGAAAGCCCUCUCGUCAGACGGGAAAGUACAUUCUGACUUACAUUUUUGUUUCUGUAGAAAGCCAAGGAGAUAACAGGAGCAGAGUUUAGUACCCCUCUUAGUACAUCAACCAAUCACACAUGCAAGUGACGGCAACCUUGCAAGCCUCUAGCGAUAGCCAAUAAAAGAGGCGUCUGCCUUUUAGAGAGUAAUGGUAGGAGACUAAUUAAUAUUUCCAGAGUUUUAAUGAGCUCUUAGUUUGCUUUCACAAUCACACACAGGCAGCUGGCUCGCUUGUUCAAAAAUGCGCCUGCGCUUAUUGUAGGCCAUGUGUCACCUGAUAAAGUAGCUCGCCGCUGGUCCCUUGCGCUUUGUCACCAGUCACUCGCGUUUGGCGCUCGCCUCUAUGAGAAACCGUGGGAAAAUUAAAAACGAAGGGCCUGGGGAGGAGGCUGAGCUCGCCUUGAAUCAAAUUCCGAGUUGUAUUAAAAAAACUGGAUUCGAACUCUUGCUGAGCCUUGUCAUUAGCCUUCUUCUUCCCGUUUUGGGUAAAACUGGUUCGGGAUAAUUUAGGUUCUAAUCCCCCUCAGUUUGCAAAUGAAUUUACUGCAGGAAAUUCUAAUUAGAAAAAGUAUAAGAUAACUCCUUAAUUCUUUUAAUCAUUUUUGUCAAAUUCCUAAGAUAAUCAUUAAUUUCACCUAUAUCCAGAAAUGUACAUGACUCGGUUCCUCCAGGCACUUCACUUGACUUCACUUUGAUUCCUUGUAAUUUUCAUAUAUUUGACUUCAUGUUUCAAAGAACUACUUGCAUUUGGAUGACGAUAACCACUAGGAUAGGGGAGACUUUGUGAUGUCUUUUCUCUCUGUUUGGGGGGAAAAAAUCGCGAGGAGAGGGAAGGGAAAGGGGGACUGAAGAGGGUUUUUUCCCUUUUCCCUCUCCCCAGUUCCCCGCUCGACUGAAAGCCUGUUCACAGUCAACAGGAGAUGUGAUUUGAUUAGAUAUGUUUCAACGCCUCUGUGGUUGGAAGUCUAUCAAGCUUGGCUCAAAAGGCCCACAGAAGUUUAAGAAUCAGUAAACAUUUUCUGCAACUACCUUUUUUUCUGGAGGAUUUUGUUGCGCAGUAUUAAGGAGACUUGACCGAAGGUUGAUUAAUGUAUUUGCUGAAAACAAUCAUAUUAACGAGCACUAUCUUGGACAAAAUUGAUGGGAAAUAAAUCCGUCCUCCAUCCUGUAAAAUAAAAGAUGGGGAAAUGGCGCGUUUUGUCUUUCGCGUGGCUUUUUUGCUUCUGAUUUUGGGCCAACGAGGACUUUCUUUCCCAGUUAAUAUCUGUCCAAGAAUUGUACCCGUGUGUAAUGUUCUGAGUGUUCUGGUGUUCACAAAUAUUCAAAAACUUUCAGUAGUCCAUUCUUUUAUAGCCUGCUUAGCAAUUUUUCCGAACGAUUUUUAUAUAGGGAGAGAAAGCUCUAUCAAAGAGCUGAUUAACAAUUCUCGGAAAUACAGGAUGUUAUUUAUUCUUCCGUCACACCAUCAAAACAUGUCAAGAAACGCUAUCCAAGGAUUGUAGGCGUGUGUUCAUAAUGUGUUCAGUGUGCCUACGUGUAGGGGAGGGUGCAGCUACACAUAGGUUAGUUGAAUGUACACAAAUAUUAAAAAAAUUUCAAUAGUCAAUGCUUUAGUCUGCUAAGCAAAUAUUUCCGAACGAUUUAGGGAGAGAAAGAUUCUUCAUUACUCUUUUUUGCCCUUGCUUCCACUUUCUUGACGACGACCACGCGCGGAAACCCUUGACUUGACAGCAGGUUCAAUACCUAUUGGCUAUACUACAAAGCUGGUUAACAAUUCACGGAAAUACAGGAAGUUUUUUAUUCCUCCGUCAAACCAUCAAAACAUGUCAAGAAACUCUAUUUCAUUGGUUAAUAAUACAGAGCCGGUUUAGUCUGGGUCACAAGACAAGACUUCAUUGUUCAUUGGCAAAGCCAUUCCCUUGUUCAUCAACAACUAGGCCAAACUUUUUAAAAAGUAACCUUGUUUCCCACCUUUUCCAUGGAUAUCAAGACGUUGCUGGACAAUCUUCAUGAUGAAGUAUCCUGCUCUGUGUGCAUGUGUACAUUCACUGAUCCAAAGCAGUUGCCUUGUUUGCACAGUUUCUGUCUUCAUUGCCUGAACGGAAUUCAACGAACGAGCGGCCUCCAUGGAAAAAUUACAUGCCCCGAGUGUAGGAGACAGUUUCAGAUUUCUGGAAGUGGAAAUCCCAUCGAACUUCCCACCAAUUUUCGAAUAAACAGCCUGCUAGAUGUCUUGGCAAUAAAAGAGUGCAGUACAGUCAACGUGAAAUGCAGAAACUGCGAGAAACGGAGCUCCCAGACCUCGUAUUGUUUCCAGUGUUGUUCCUUCUGGUGUGAAGAAUGUAUUGUAGGACAUAACAUAAUGCGAGAAAAUAAAGAUCACAGAACGUUAGCGCUGAAAGAUUUUCAAGAUCAAGACAUCAAGGCUGUUUUAGAGCGACCAGCAUUUUGUCAGAAGAAACACCAUGAAAACAAAGAGUUGGAGCUUUUUUGCAAGGACUGUAAGGUCGCCAUUUGUAGCGCUUGUGCCAUGACACUUCAUGAUAAUCAUGUCAAGAUGCUUUUGCAAGAAGCUACAGAUGCCCGCAAGGCACAGAUCAAAUCCACUAUUAAAUCUUUGAAAGACAAAGCACUGGAAAAACGAAAGAAAGUAGAAAAAAUGAACCAAAAGAGCAUCGAACUUCAAUCGCAAGUAGCCGACGUAAAAAGCCAAGUGCAGUCUUUCGUAGACCAAAUUAUUGCGAUCAUCGAAGCGAGGAAGCAGGAUGUUUUUUAUGUGAUUGAUAAUCAAGCGAAAAAAUCACUGGAAUCUCUGUCACAGAAAAAAGACGAAGUCGACAAACAAGUGAAAUUAAUUGAAUCAGCAAUUGAACAAACUGAAAAUCUGUUGAAACGAAGCUUUAGUACUGAAAUCCUGGGAUUCAGUGAAACAUUUGAUACAAUCCUGCAGGAACAGUGCAGUCAAGAAAACCGUGACACUGAAUGUAUUCCUCGAUUUAGUUUUACUAAAAGUGAAAAACUGAUUAACCUUUUGAACAUGAGCGAGGGGAUAGGUAAUGUAGAAUUUGUUGUUAACGAACCUAGAGCGCAACAAUCGGGAACUAAAGGUAAAGAAAGUAGUAAAGUAGUUGCUGGGAAUCAAGGGGCAAAUGUUUGUGACAGUCCUCUUGAGACUCAGGAACAAACCAGGCGCUUCAGAUCUGUGCUGUCAUUUGGACAAAAAGGUGAGUCUGUUGGAAUGCUUAACACUCCCUGGGCUGUGGCAGCGAAUGAUCGUGAUGAAAUCGCUGUGACUGAGUUCAAUAACCACAGGGUUUCAGUGUUUAGUAGUGACGGUACCCACUUAAGAUCGUUUGGUAGGAAGGGUAAGAAUAAUGGUGCGUUCCAGUUCCCUACAGGGAUCGCUUUUGAUAGUCUUGGCAAUAUUGUAGUGGCAGAGAAUAAUAACCACAGGGUGCAAGUCUUUGAUAGGACUGGUAACUUUCUUAGUAAGUUUGGUAAACAAGGAAGUGGUGAUAAUCAGCUUAAACACCCUGAAGGUUUAUCAAUAAACGGUAACGGUGAUAUUAUUGUUGCUGAUUGGAAAAACAAAUUAAUCAAGAUAUUCUCUUCUAGUGGGGAGUAUUUACGUAAAUUUGGUGGAGCAGGUUCUUUGGUCUCUCCCAUUCACUGUAUCCAACACGGUCAAUAUUUUAUAGUCUCAGACGCUGGUGAUCAUUCCAUUAAAAUGUUUAAUCUUGAGGGAAAGUUUAUUUCUAAAUUUGGAAAACAGGGAAACAAGGAUGGAGAAUUCAAUGAGCCCCGUUACUUGUCAGUUAGCAAAGAAGGAUUGCUAAUGGUCUGUGAUGCAAAUAAUCACAGAGUUCAGGUAUUUGAACUGAGUGGAAAGUUUGUCACAAAGUUUGGAAGUGAAGGUAGUGAGAGAGGAAUGUUUAACUUUCCAAGGGCUACAGCAAGUCUUGGUGAUGGAAGGAUAGUUGUGUGUGAUAAGGAAAACAACCGAAUCCAGGUUUUUGACAAGAUAUAA